AUGUGCGAGGCGGCGGGGGACGAUGGAGGGUGCGGGGCGGACACGGCACCGGCACGGCGCCGCCGCGCCCCGGGACACAGCCACCCGCGGCCCUGCGUGAAGUGCGGGCAGAGCUCUGCCGCCCUCGUCAUCCGCCUUGGGGACGCCUUCUGCCGCGGCUGCUUCCGUGAGUACUUCGUGCACAAGUUCCGUGCGAUGCUGGGCAAGAACCGCGUCAUCUUCCCGGGAGAGAAGGUGCUGCUGGCGCUGUCGGGGGGGGCAGCCUCCAGUGCCAUGCUCCGGCAGGUCCAGGAGGGGCUCAGCCGGGAGACAGCCAAGAGGCUCCGCUUCGUCCCUGGCCUCAUCUACGUUGAUGAGGGAGCGGUGCGUGGGCAGAGCCCGGCGCAGCGGGAGCAGAGCCUGGCCCGCAUGGAGACCCUGCUGCAGGCGACCGGCUUCCCCUACCACCUGGCCCACCUAGAGCAGGCGCUGGAGCUGCCCGCAUCCAUCUUGCGGCCGGGGCCGGGGGAUUCCGGUGAGCCCGGUCCCUCCUACAAGGAGGCCGUGGAGGACUUCAUCCAGCAGCAGCGGCAGGAGGGGGACAGGGACGGUGGCACCUCGCUGCCCGGCCUCGGCACCCAGGUGGGGGACCCGGCUGCCCCCCGCCUGCCCGCCGCUGCCCGCACCCAGGAGCUGCUGCGGCUCUUCGAGGCCGUGGAGACAUCGACGGCGAGAGAGGAGCUGCUGCAGAUGCUGCGGACCCACCUCAUCCUGCAGACAGCCCGGACCAGGGGUUACGCCAAGGUGAUGACGGGCGAGAGCUGUACCCGCGUGGCCAUCAAGCUCCUCACCAACCUGGCGCUGGGUCGCGGCGCCUUCCUCGCCGUCGACACGGGCUUCAUGGACAACCGCCACGGCGACGUGAUGGUGGUGCGUCCCAUGCGGGAGUACAUGGCCAAGGAGAUCGCCUUCUACAACCACUUCUUCGACGUCCCCACCGUCAUCGCGCCGCCCCUCCCCACCAAGCGCCGGGAGAAGCCCAGCAUCCACCGUCUGAUGGAGCGCUUCCUCCUGGGGCUGCAGGAGGAUUUCCCCUCCACCAUCAGCACCGUCUACCGGACGGGUGAGAAGCUGAGCCCGGCUCCGGCCAAGGCGAGCAGCGAGUCCCAGCGCUGCCUGCUCUGCCUGUGCGCCCUGGACAUCGCUGGGGAGGAGGAGUUGGCCCUGGAGCCCACGCUGAUCAUGGAGGAGCUGGAGCCGGCGGGAGACGGGGCUGAGAGCAGAGCUGCCUUCAUCCCGCUGCUGUGCUACAGCUGCCGCCUCACCUUCAAGGAACUGGGCCCCCUCGCCACGCUGCCGCCCUACGUGCGCGCUGAGGCCCAGCGCAGGAUCCGCAGAGCAGAGAUGACGCAGCAGAGCCAGGAGGUCCCGCUGGAGGAUGAGGAGCCCAGCAAGAGCUGAAGAGGCUGGGGACAGCGGGGGACACAG